AUGUCAAGACCUUCGGAACGACUCGCUGCGAGAACAAACGCAAACAGCCAAGACGUGCCGAGUUCCACAAGCACGGCCCUGACAAGCGCCGACAAAGACAUGUUUUCCAGGGUGGGAGCAGGAGUGUCCAAGUCUGCUGUACUCGACAACGAGCAUCCUAAUACUGCGGUAGAAAAUGGACGCGGACCACUUGGUGAAUAUGAGAAGCAUUCGGAUGAGGACGGGACUUCACAAGGCCACUCCUCUUCAUCCCUUAGCAAACGGGACCGCAAUGCUAUCAUUCUCUUGGUCGUUUUAUACUUUUUGCAGGGGAUCCCGGUUGGACUGGCAUUUGGCACCAUGCCGUACCUGCUCAAGGCUAAACUUUCCUACUCUGAUAUUGGAUUCUUCAUGCUGUGCACAUAUCCUUAUUCCCUCAAGCUUUUCUGGAGCCCUUUGGUGGACAGCAUCUACCUAAGCAAGCUCCGACUUCCGCUUCUUGGAACACUGCACCUGGGUCGAAGGAAGACCUGGAUUGUUCCCACGCAAGCCAUCGUUGGAAUGAUGCUCUGGUUUCUCGGUCACCGUGUUGACAGCCUGUUGCUACCAGACAUUCCAAACGUCUACUUAAUUACUUGGCUUUUCUUCCUCCUCAUUUUCUUCGCUGCGACGCAAGACAUUGCUGUCGAUGGGUGGGCUCUGACCUUGCUAAGCGAGGAGAAUCUCAGCUAUGCGUCUACAGCUCAGACGGUGGGCCUGAACUCAGGCUACUUCAUGAGCUUCACCGUCUUUCUUGCGUUUAACAGCGUCGAGUUCACUAACAAGUGGUUGCGCAGCGUGCCGCAAGAUUACCCAGCACUCUCACUGAGUUUGUACCUCAAAAUGUCUGGCGUCCUGAGCCUCGCUGUGACAACAUGGCUUCUGUUCAUGAAGAAAGAAGACCCUGAACCAGCGCAUCAUGAAGAAAUGAGCAUCAAGUCGGUUUACUCCACAAUGUGGCGAAUUGUCCAGCUGACUC